AUGCAAAUUUCAGAAGGCAUCACUACUUAUGUUGCUGGAUCAUUGGUAGAUAAAGCAAUGAAUGAACUUAAAUACUUGUGUUGUUACAAGAGCUAUGUUGAUGACUUCGAAAAGGAAAAGCCAAGUUUGAGUGCAACAAGAAACACAGUUCUUAAAGAUAUUAAAGAUGCUGAAGACAAAAAUAAAAAUCAGAUUGAGGAUGAUGUUCAGUUGUGGCUAGAUAUAGCCAAAGGUCUCAUACAAGAAGAAACAAAAGAAAAGAAGAAAUGGUUUGGCUUAGUUACUAAUUGCUUUUGGCAGUACAAGCGAGGAAAGGAGUUGGAAGGGAAGACACAAAGGAUUAGGCAACUAAUUGUUGAGAGAAACAAUUUUACUCACAUUGCAUGUUCGACUGAGUCUCCAGAUAUUAAGUUCUAUUCUUCUCAAAAUUUUAUGCAUUUUGAGAAUACAAAGUUGAAAUUCAAACAACUUAAGGAGGCAUGCAGACUGAAAGAUGGCAAGAAGUUUAUGAUUGGACUGUAUGGGUUGGGGGGGACGGGAAAAACCACGAUGGCAAUAGAAGUAGGUAAAGAAGUUGUAGCAUUAAAAGAUUUUGAUAAAGUUAUCUUUAGUGUUGUCUCAAAGGAUCCAAACUUGAAAAAAAUUCGAGAAAACAUUGCAAAUCAAUUAGGCUUGCCAAUAGAUGAAAAAAUGGGUGAAUCUAAACAAGCACAAAGUUUGUGGAAGAGGAUAUUUGAAGGUAGAGAAAAUAUACUUAUAAUAUUGGAUGACAUGUGGAAAGAGCUUACACUUCAAGACAUAGGGAUUCCUCCCGGUUAUCAUGACAAGGGUUGUUGUGUUGUCUUGCUAACCACACGUCAAACGACAGUGUGUAGAGAUAUGGGAUGCCAUGACAAUAUUAAACUUGAAGUCUUAAAUGAAAAGGAUGCCAUGUAUCUUUUUCUAUUUUAUGCUGGCAUCAACAUUGAUGGUUCUUCCAAUGAUUUUGAGGAUGUGGUUGCAAGUAUUGUAAAGGAGUGUGGAGGAUUACCUAUUGCAAUUGUAGCAAUGGCAAGAGCAUUGAAAUCCAGGAGUUUAAAUGACUUGAAGGAUGCUUUGGUAAGAUUGCAAAAUUAUGUGCCAACGUAUAGUGCUAAUGAAGAGUUGAAAGAGGCUUAUAAUUCUUUGAAAUUAAGUUAUGAUUAUCUAAAGAAUGAAAAAGCCAAAAACCUCUUCCUCUUGUGCUCUCUCUUCCCAGAAGAUUAUGAAAUACCUAUAGAACUUUUAACUAGAAUUGCUAUUGGUUUGGGGCUUUGUGGAGAUGCUAAUAAAUACUUUAUAGCAAGAAGUGAAUUCACUCCAAUUAAAAAUGAGCUCAUAGAUUCUUGUUUAUUGUUAAAAUCUAGGAAUGAAAUUGUAAAGAUGCAUGACUUGGUUCGGGAAGUUGCUCUGUGGAUUGGAAAAGAACAAGUUCAAGUGGGAAUGGAUUCUAACACAACUUUAGAUGAAAAUAUCCAAUAUUCAUCUUGA